AUGACUAUCUGGGGACGCAUGACUGGGUUAUGGAAGAACCGAUUAAAUUUAACGUUGAUGGGAGCGCAUCAAAUGGAAAGCUCUCGAUACGAGUACGCUUCGACUUUCGAUGGCUUUACUAAUCUCGAGGUGCUGCCACAAACGCUUCAACUUCCGAUGGCUUUACUAAUCUCGAGUUGCUGCCAGCUGGAGUAUGCACGAGCCCAAGUUGUUACCUUCCUUAUAUCCAGAGUUUCGUUCGUAUAG